UGGUGAAUUUUUGUGUAGCCAUUUUAAUAUUGAAGGUGGAAGAAAAAAAAACACUCUCAGUAUAUCAUGCUUUACUACUUCAAGAAAGGUAAAAAUGCAACUGAAACACAAAAAAAGAUUUGUACAGUGUACGGUGGAAGGUGCUAUGACUGAUCGAAUGUGUCAAAAGUGGUUUGCAAAGUUUCAUGCUGGAGAUUUCUCGUUGGAUGAUGCUCCACAGUCGGGCAGACCAGUUGAAGUUGAUAGCAAUCAAAUCGAGACAUUAAUUGAGAACAAUCAACGUUAUACCACGCGGGAGAUAGCCGACAUAGUCAAAAUAUCCAAAUCAAGCACUGAAAAUCAUUUGCACCAGUUUGGUUAUGUGAAUCGCUCUGAUGUUUGGGUUCCACAUAAGUCAGGUGAAAAAAACCUUUUUGACCACAUUUCCACAUGUGAUUCUCUUCUUGAACAUAAUGAAAAUGUUCCAUUUUUAAAACAAAUUGUGACGGGCGAUGAAAAGUGGAUAUUGUACAAUAAUGUGGAACUGAAGAGAUCGUGGGGCAAGCGAAAUGAACCACCACCAACCACACCAAAGGCCGGUCUUCAUCCAAAGAAGGCAAAAACUGUUACAGCUUGGCUGGGAAGUUCUGAUUCUUCCGCCAUAUUCGCCAGACAUUGCACCUUCGGAUCUUGAUUGAUUUUGGUCUUCACAAAAUUCUCUUAACGGAAAAAAUUUCAAUUCCCUUAAAGACUGUAAAAGGCACCUGGAACAGUUCUUUGCUCAAAAAGAUAAAAAGUUGGAAGAUGGAAUUAUUAAGUUGCCUGAAAAAUGGCAGAAGGUAGUGAAACAAAAGGGUGAAUAUGCUGUUCAAUAAAGUUCUUGGUGAAAAUGAAAAAUGUGUCUUUUAUUUUUACUUAAAAACCGAAGGCACUUUUUGGCCAACUCAAUAGUUUUUAUAUGGAGGAAUGUGGUUUAGAAAAUAAAUAAAUAAAGGACGAAUAGUUCUGAGCCCCAGAGUGAAAUCAGUCUUUAGUAAAGUACUUCAGAGAGCAG